GUUAAGUGGGGGGUUGCGUUCAAGGUCACAAUCUUGAACAUUCGCGGAGGUUGUGUUGUGUGUAAGAUUACACCUGUGCCCUGUGCAUCAUAAUGUAUAUAAAGUCGCUAAUGAUUGAUGGAUUUAAAUCAUACUGUCAGCGAACUGAUAUCGUGGGGUUUGAUCCACAGUUUAAUGCAAUUACGGGAUUGAAUGGUUCAGGAAAAUCAAAUAUCCUUGACGCAAUAUGCUUUUUACUUGGAAUAACUAAUCUUUCCCAUGUUAGAGCUUCCAAUCUGCAUGAAUUAGUCUAUAAAUGUGGACAAGCUGGAAUUACAAAAGCAAUAGUGAGUGCAGUAUUCGACAAUAGGGAUAAAGCAUCAUCGCCAUAUGGUUAUGAGCAGUUUAAAGAGUUGACAAUUACAAAACAAAUUUCUAUCGGAGGAAAAACAAAGUAUUUUAUCAAUGGAACAAAUGCUACUACAACACGUGUACAUGACUUGUUCCACUCUGUUCAAUUGAAUGUGAAUAAUCCACACUUUUUGAUCAUGCAAGGAAGGAUUACAAAAAUACUGAAUAUGAAACCACCUGAGGUAGGUUAUAUCUGUCGACUUUUUGUGUGGUUAAAAAACGUGAUUUUCUUUCCGUUAGAUUUUGUCAUUAUUAGAAGAAGCAGCGAGUACAAAACUUUAUGAAAACAAGAAGGAAGUAGCGCUUAAAACUAUUCAAAAGAAAGAUAGUAAACUUAGAGAAAUGGAUAAAAUUAUCGCAGAGGAUAUUAACCCAACUAUUAAAAAACUUCGUGAAGAGCGUAGCUCAUAUUUAGAGUAUGAAAAAAUUAUGCGUGAAGUCAGUCAUUUGGAGAAGUUUAUCAUUGCAUAUGAUUUCACUUGUCUAAAGGAGAUUAAAGAACGCUCAAAAGAUGAUCUAGUCACAUUGGAAAAGAAUUUGAAGGAUGAGAAAGCACGUAUGGAAGAGUUACGCAAAUUAAAAGAGGCUGUUGAGAGUCGAAUAGAAGAACUUUGUAAUCAGAGAGAUGAGUAUCAAGGUCCUAUGCUUGAACAGCUAGAAAAUGCCAUGUCAGAAUGUCAAAAAGCAGAUGCUGUUGCUAAAGGAGCUUCUCAAAGAGCAUCUGAAUCACUGCGUGCUGCUAAAAAGCGUGUUAAAGCCAUGGAAGCCCAGUGUAUUGACCUGGAUGAACAGCUGCUGUGUAAACAUAAAGCUGCUGAAGAUGCUGCCGAUGGCAAGCAGUAUCGACAAACUUUAAAAGCAUUUGAAGAAGCGAAAGUGAAACUUGAGGCAGCAGAAAAACAUUUGCAGGCAGUGAAAUCAGGUCUCUCGAGCGGAGAGAAUGGUGUAACUUCUAGUUUAUCAGAACAGGCUAGAACUGCAGAUACUGAAAAGCUUUCAGCAGAAACUGAGCUGGCAGAAUUGAAUAUGCGUGAAAAAUAUUUAAAGAAAGAACUGGUUAAACAGGAGGCUGCUAUUAUCAAAGCAUUCGGCCGUAUAUCAUGUAGUGGGGAAUCAAAAGAAGAAGUUGAGCAGGAGAAAUUAAAAGCACAGAUUGCAGAACUAAGUCAACAGCUGGCAAGAGUUGAAGCCGAUGAUCAAGCUGUUGGUAGCGAAGCUGAAUUAUGUGGACGCCAAGUUAAUUUAGUGAGAGAGGCGAACGAACUACGUCACCAGGCUAAUAGAUUGUCAGCGCAAUUUCCUCAACUGCAAUUUGAGUAUACAAAUCCGGAACCUAAUUUUGAUAAACGUCGGGUACACGGACCUGUUGCAAAGCUGUUUCGUAUCAAAGAUGAAAAAUAUGCUGUUGCAUUAGAAGUUAUAGCUGAAAAUAAGUUACAAAAUAUUGUUGUAGACACAGAGCUAACAGGCAAAAUUCUCCUAGAACGUGGGAACCUUCGUCAACGUGUUACAAUGCUCCCGUUGACACAUAUUCGUGGCAAUCCUGUACCUGAAUCAGUUAUUGAGCGAGCUCAAGCCCUAUUUGGGAAAGCAAACGUUAUCACUGCUCUUUCGCUAGUCGAUUAUGAUGAUGCAUUAAAACCUGUGAUGGAGUACGUGUUUGGUGAUGUCCUGGUAUGUCCUGAUAUGGAUAUUGCUAAACGAGUGGCAUUUCAUGCGACUAUUGCAAGGAGGACAGUGACUCUUGAAGGAGAUGUAUUCGAUCCACAGGGAACUUUGUCGGGUGGUAGUCGAAACCCAGCUACACAGAAUUUGUUAACACGCAUAUUUGAAUGGCGUGAUGUGGAAACUGCAGCUGAAAAUUGUGAAGAGAAAGUGGCACAGGGGGUUAUCGGCAUUAGAAAUGCCAAAGCUCGGGCUGAAAAGAUUCGUGAACUACGUGAAGCAUUGAAUAGUUGUCGACAUAGUUUACAUAUUUCAGAAACAGAAAUGCGGCAGACAGAUAAGCAUCGGCUACAUGCGGAUUUGUUGGCGACUAAAGACGAAUUGAAACAAGUUGAAAAAUUGAUGCAUGAAGCUAAAGAACGCCUUGCUCAAGCAUCAAAGAAAGCUGAAUUAGCCGGUGAAAAAGCUGUCAAUGCUGUUGCUGAACGUGAAAAAGAACAGAAAAAUGCAGAGAAAGCUCUUUCUGAGGCUAGACAACUGUUGGAAAAAUGUGCAGCUGAUGUACGUGAAAAAGAUGCCCUAAAAGAGGGUUUACGCUUAGAGGCUGAAGAACUUGCUAAAGAGUUGGAGAAUUCAAAGAUAUCUCUUGAGAAGGCUAAAUCAUCUUUGGAAGAAGCAGAGAAAGAGGAAAAACUUCGUAUUGAUGGAGCAAAAUCUUCAGCUGAAGAAUUCGUUAAAGCCCGUAAAGCUGUCAGUCAACAACGCGAUAAAAUUGACCAAACAGUUAAAGCAUUAUCAGAUGCAGAGAAAGAAGCAAGCCAGCUGGUUCAGUUCUUAAAUCAAACAAAUAAUGCAAUAGAUAAACUCUCGCAUCAAAUUGAAAUGCAAAAUAAGGAGAGUUCGGAAGCUUACACUAGGAUAAAUCAACUGUUACAUUCGUUUCCUUGGAUUGAAAGGGAAAAACAUCUGUUUGGUGUUGAAAAUACAAGUUAUAAUUUUAGUACACGUGAUAUUCCUGAAACCCGUCGUAGAAUACAAGAAAUAAAAGAACAAAAGGAACGUCUCAGUCGUACAGUUAAUAUGCGUGCAGUAAAUAUGCUUGGUAGUGCGGAGAAACAAUUUUCUGAUCUAAUCAGAAAACGUGACAUUGUCUUAGCGGAUAAGGAGAAAAUUCAGUCAGUUAUCGAUGAUUUGGAUAAACGGAAGGAAGAGGUGUUGAUCAAUGCACAUACUAAGGUCAAUGCGGACUUCUGUAAUAUAUUUUCAACUUUACUACCUGGAACUAGAGCACGAUUAUCUCCACCAAGUGGGAUGACUGUACUCGAUGGAUUAGAAAUCAAGGUGGCCUUUGGCAAUGUAUGGAAGGAAUCACUUACUGAGUUAAGUGGUGGUCAAAGGUCGUUAGCCGCUCUUUCACUCAUUUUGGCACUGCUUCUGUUCAAACCAGCUCCAAUAUAUAUACUGGAUGAGGUCGAUGCAGCUCUUGAUUUAUCUCACACUCAGAAUAUUGGUCAGUUGAUCAAGAAUCAUUUCCGGCAUUCACAGUUUAUUGUAGUUUCCCUGAAAGAUGGUAUGUUCAAUAAUGCAAAUGUCUUAUUCAAGACGGCAUUUAUCGACGGUGUCUCAACUGUCACCCGACAUGUGCCCUUACAGCUUCAACGUCAUGGUGGUGAUGAUGAUGAUGAUGACGAUGAUGAGGAUGACAGUAGUGACGAAAACAAUAACAACAAUAAAAAUAAAAAUCAGAAGCAGAAUCAGCGGAAGCGGAGGUCAAGAGGAAAUUCAAGAAAGCUUUGAAAAUAGAGAGAGGCAGAUGGCUGUGUGUAUAUCCUUAUCAAACGUCCCAAAAUAUAUUUUUUUUAUAUGUUCACUUGUUGUAUUGUUGUAUUUAUUUCCCCUGAAGAUUAUUCA